UGGAUCGGUUAGUUGUGGACUGUUAGCUGCGAAAUAAACACCCGUUUUUGCGCAGGCCUAGAUCGAUCGGGGUAGACAAAUUUGAAAAAACGAUCAUUCGAAUUUUUCGAUUUCGGGUAGAAUUAGGUACGUUUCGAUUAAGGCAGAGGGCUGGUGGGUCCUUACCCAGGUCAACGUCCAAACGCACUGCAGAGUCGAGAGUGGCCCAGGGUAGUGUCAAAAGUGCACCGAAAUGAUACACUUGAGAACGUUGUGGGGUUGGGUGACAGUGCUUGGCAGUCUGGCGGUAACACGUGCGCUUGAAGGUGAGCAGUGUCGCUUUGGUCGCGACGAUGGAGUCUGCGUUGCUUACAGCACAUGUCGUCCAGUGCUGGAAGCCCUCGGCACCCGGUUCAACAUUUGCAGCUUCAGUCCUCGUGAAGCCAUUGUAUGCUGCCCACUCGACUAUCGCGCCCAGCUACAACGAAUUCAGCAACAGGACGCUGCCCAGAGCGUCAGCUCCAAAAAAUGCAAGGAGUACGUUCGACAGUCCACACCGAUCGUAUUUCUUAGUUCGCUUAAACCCAAUGCCGAGGUGGUCCAGAAACGGGGCAAACAAUGUUCCAACGACAACAAGCUGAUCAUCGGCGGAGAAGCGGCCAAGCUGGGUGAGUUUCCGCACAUGGCCGCCCUCGGCUAUCGGGACUUUCCGGAUGAUCCUAUCGAGUACAAAUGCGGCGGUACGUUGAUUAGCGAUCGGUUCGUUCUGACGGCCGCUCACUGCAUUGCUCCGGGGCUGGAGACGGUGCGCUUGGGAGACUUGAAUCUGGUGUCGGAUACGGAUGGGGCCACGCCGCAGGAGUUUUCCGUUCAGGAUACCUUCGGUCAUCCGCAGUAUUCGGGCAAAUCGAAGCAAAACGAUAUCGCGCUGGUCCAGUUGAGCGGGAAGGUGGGCUUCAGUCAAAGAAUUCGACCAGCGUGUUUGUACCAAUCGGUGAAUGUGGAAGAACAGAAGCUGAUCGCAUCGGGAUAUGGCGCUGAGGAGAAUUACGGUCCCAAUUCGAACAUUCUCAUGAAGGUGGUCCUGGAUCAGUUCGACCAGUCGACGUGUCUCAGCUACUACUCCCGGGCCGGAGUGAGCCGACUCACCGAUAGCCAGAUGUGCGUCGGAUUUAAAGCCGGUGGACGUGACACAUGCCAAGGGGACUCCGGUGGUCCGCUGCAGGUUCGCGAUCCGAAAAACGAUUGCAUCUUCCACGUGGUAGGCAUUACGUCGUAUGGGACGUACUGCGGCGGAGAGGUGCCAGCCAUUUACACCCGCGUCGGGUCCUUCCUACCGUGGAUCGAAUCGAUCGUGUGGGGCGCUUGACGGAUGAAAGCUAAUCAGGUUUAAUUCAUAAAAGAAAGAAAUAAAGUGAAACGAUCCUCGUGCCAUUUGAUGCGUUGUUCGAGUGACGACGUUGCUGAGUUACAGAGUGGCUCAGUGCGCAUAACUUGUUUUGUAUACAAUCGUGUA